UGGCCCGGCCGCCAGUCAUCGAGCGGCGGCCAUCUGAGAUGCUUCGACAAAACUUUGAGUCAUAUUUGAAUUCAUGUGACAUGCGCGCUAAUAUUAUACCAGAUUUUGAAUAAAAACAAACAUACGAAUUGGAUUUCAGUGGUUAAACUUAGUGGUGGUGAGGUGCUUCUCUUUUGUCAAUAUUCACAAGUUCUAUAAACCGAUCUCGAUUAAAGCUUGUGGUGUGUUUAUGUUGAGAGCGCGGCGCCCGAUCCGUCGCCGUGUUGGAGGGACGUCGCCCUCCAAGAGUUCAUAAAGAGAUGAAGCGGCGGGCGGUACACGAGGGCGGCGAGGCGAGGUGAGGCGCGGGCAUGGAUCACGCGGUGAAGGCGAUGUCGGCGCGCGGGCCGUUCGCGAGGCUGCUCGCGCGCCGCCGCUUCGAGUCCGCCGAGCUCGAGGAGCUGUACGCGCGCUACGCCUGCAAGCUGCAGCGCACCUCCGUCGGCUCCGCACUGGCGCUCUGGGCCGUGCUGGCGGCUGCCUUGGCGGCCGUUGACGCCACUAGAGGCUGGCGGAGAGCACCCCAGGUGGGCGUUUUAAGCGCGCACGCCGUGCUAUGCGGCGGGCUCGCUUGGUGGUGCGGACGGACCGGCGGGGUGGCACCGGAGCGCAGGCUGCCACGGGCGUGCUGGCUGGCCCUCGCUGGCGGAGGCACCGCCCUAGCCGCCACGCUGCCCGCCUGGAGCCCUGGUGCGGCGGCUGAAGGAGCAGCGCAUGUCGUGUGGGCAGUGUUCGCCGCCUAUGCGCUGCUCCCGGUCGGCGCGCCCGUCGCUGCCGCCUUUGGUCUUCUGCUGCCCACAGUGCAUACCGUCGCCGCUGCGCUCGUUGCUUAUCGCUUCCCUUACCACGUGUGGCAACAGAUCCUGGGCAACGUGGUGGUGUUCGUGUGCGUGAACGUGGUCGGCGCGCUGAUGCACUCGCUGAUGGAGAACGCGCAGCGCCGCGCCUUCCUCGACACGCGCAACUGCAUCGCGGCGCGCCUCGACAUGGAGGACGAGAAUGAGAAACUGGAACGAUUACUGCUAUCCGUUUUGCCGCAACACGUCGCUAUGGAGAUGAAGAACGACAUUAUAUCGCCUGUGGAGGGGCAGUUCCAUAAGAUUUACAUUCAAAAGCACGAGCAAGUCAGUAUCCUCUUCGCCGACAUUGUGGGUUUUACGGUGCUCGCGUCGCAAUGCAGUGCGCAGGAGUUGGUGCGCCUUCUCAACGAGCUUUUUGGCAGAUUUGACCAGCUGGCCAAUGACAAUCACUGCCUUCGUAUAAAAAUCCUGGGCGACUGCUACUAUUGUGUGUCCGGGUUACCUGAGCCGCGCUCCGACCACGCGCGCUGCACUGUCGAGAUGGGGCUGGACAUGAUCGAUGCAAUUGCGUCCGUAGUAGAGGCGACGGACGUUCAACUGAACAUGCGCGUGGGCAUUCACACAGGACGGGUGCUGUGUGGCGUGCUCGGCCUUCGCAAGUGGCAGUACGACGUCUGGUCCAAUGACGUGACGCUUGCUAACAACAUGGAGGCUGGAGGCGAACCAGGCCGCGUACACAUAACGCAAGCGACACUGGAAUGCCUCGGCGGGGCUUACGAGGUGGAGCCGGGCCACGGCGCCAGCAGGAACGCCUACUUGCGGGACCACUCCAUCCAGACAUAUUUCAUCAUCCCACCACCUCGACGGAGAAAAAUGUGCCUAUCAGCGGGAGGAAUCGGGUCAGGAUCGCGUCGCAAGCUGUCCUUCAAAAACGUAUCCAACGUUGUGGUCCAACUGUUACACUCUAUAAAAUUCAACGUAGACGUACCAUUCUCCAACAUGGCCGCUUCGCCACAGGAGCUGAAGGCAAACGCUGCUAGAAAGGUGCUGGACCUGCGGCGCGCGCUGCACGCGGAGCCGGGCUCGGCCGAGGCGCUGCGGCUGGCGGCGCUGCGCGGCGAGCACGUGAGCGGGCCCCCCGCCCCGGCCCCGUCCACCGCCCCGCACCACCACACCUUCGACGCGGUCAUGCAGCACCACGCCCUGCGCACACACGCAACGAUGUUUUCUUCUUGGACAUUAGUUCUACCACAAAUACCCGCUGAAACCAAUAAAGUGACGGAGAAAUCUAAGCGGCUGGUGAAAAAGCGUCACUCCUCUGUGUACCACCAGCCUUCGAACCGCGUGAACAAGUUCCUGGCGCAAGCGAUCGACGCCCGAUCUGUCCAUCGGGAAAAAGCUACGCACGUUCAUCUCCUUACUCUUUGUUUCAAAGACGCUGAUAAGGAAGCACAGUAUAGAGCAUCUACAGACGGAGGAUGGGCGGGAUCUCUCAGCGCCGCGUUAGGAGCACUGGUAGCCGCAGGAGCACUGCAAGCCGCGAUACUGCCGCGCACGACCAUCCUGCUCCUUCUCUUCGUCACAGCAUUCGCCUGGUCCGCCGCCGUACUCGCGCUUACGCUCGCAGCGCGACUGAGGCUCAUUCCCUGCGACGUGUCCAGACCUUUUGCGCUGAGAAAUGCUAUAACAACUUUCACCAUUGUAUUGGGAUAUGCUGUUGGACAAGUUAAUGUUUUUUCCCAAUUUCAGAUAACAUGCCACGAAGUGAACGUAUGCGCUAAUUUGACUGAUAACAUCACAAUGGAUACCAUUCGCUCGACCUCUGGAGACCUAGCUGCUAACCUUUGGAGCAGUACCGACCACUUGGCUUGUCCGAUACCAUUGUACAUAACCCUGGGAUGCUGCGUCAGUAUGCUGGCAGUAGCUGUGUUCUUAAGGCUGCCAAUACUGGUCAAGGGUAUUCUGCUGGCUGUGAUGACGGCUGGAUAUGUGGCUGUUAUACUGAUAUACCAUAAGCACCUCUUCGAUUGCUACGAUCUUAUGACUGAUCCCGGAGCGGUAUCAUCCGCUUAUGUGGCGUCAGCGUGGACGUUGGCGCUCGCAUUGGCGGUGCUGCUGCACGCGCGGCAGACCGAGUGGACGGCUCGCUUGGACUUCCUCUGGCAAGUGCAGGCUCGUGAUGAGAAAAGGGAUAUGGAUGCUUUGCAGGCAUCAAAUCGAAGAAUAUUGUUCAAUUUGCUCCCAGCGCACGUUGCGACACAUUUUCUGGACCAGUUUAGGACGAAUAUGGAACUUUACCAUCAGUCGUAUCAGCGCGUGGGAGUAGUUUUCGCGUCGAUUACCAACUACCACGAGUUCUACAUGGAGCUGGACGGCAACAACCAGGGCAUGGAGUGUCUGCGACUACUCAACGAGAUCAUUGCUGACUUCGACGAAUUGUUAGGAGAGGACCACUUUAGUGCAAUAGAUAAAAUAAAAACGGUCGGGUCUACGUACAUGGCUGCCGUCGGGCUCAUUCCGGACAAGAAGAUGUCCGAUGAUGCGAGCACGAAGAAACAUAUGGCCACCCUGGUCGAGUUCGUGUUCGCCAUGCGGGACAAGCUGAAAGACAUCAAUGACAACUCUUACAAUAACUUCAUGUUGCGAGUUGGCAUUAAUGUCGGUCCAGUGGUGGCUGGCGUGAUAGGGGCCAGGAAACCUCAAUACGACAUCUGGGGUAAUACAGUUAACGUAGCGUCUCGAAUGGACUCAACAGGGUUACCGAAUCACACUCAAGUAACGGAAGAAGUUUUCCAAGUGUUAAAAGAUAUGCCUUAUCAGUUCAUAUGUCGAGGCAAAGUGAAGGUAAAAGGAAAAGGAGAGAUGACUACCUACUUUUUGACCGAUAGAGCACAAUCUAGCAGCACCACUCAAAGCAACGCAAACGGUCAACCGCCAAAUCCUCAGACAGCUUAUGGUGGUGUAGCGACUCCACUGGCGAUGUUGCAAAAUUCGGCGCGAAGAGCAGCAGUGCAACCGUCGAGGCUCCCUCCUCUCAGAGAGACCUCCGUGACGGGUGAAAAUGAGCCGCUCCUGCCAUCUAACGGUCACCAAAGCAACGGCAACAAUCACAAAGGCAGCAAAGGACGCAGAAACAAGGAACCCGAAGAUACCCCGCCACCGCCGCCGCCGCAUGGAAUCAAUGGAAACCCGCGGUGGCCUCCGCCGAGAGCUCUGGUCCCGCCGUGGCCGCGGCCGCAGGAGCCGCGCCCGCCGGCCGUGCACAAACGAAGACCGCCCACCAGGCUGCCGCGCCCGCGCUCUAGUGAGAGCCUCCCUCUAGCGAGAAGUCCAAGAGUGCAUUCCUCUGCGGACGAACUGAGCUCUCUAACCCGCUCCCCAAGUCUCAGCUCGUCAGACGAGAGCUACUCGCGGACUACGGAUGCAUCCCCUUCUCCCCCGAGACCCUCACCUUGGUUACCUCCCCCCAGACCGCAAAGAACUGAAAACAAUUCCGCAUACGACUAUCCUCCCAUUCGUCUCAAUAAACCUACUCCUAAUAUCAUACACGAGAUUUAUGCCAAACAUAAAAUAAAUAAAAAGUCCUCAUUAGAAGAGAAAAUUCUAGACGGUAGUAUAAACUUUCAAAAGGAGGAAGAAAAGCUGCAAAAGAGCAUAAUUAAUAUGCUCGCUUCCGUUAAAAGAGAUGGAUGCAGUCAAACCGAUAAAAAGGAGCUUCCACACCGUCUCAAUCAAAGAACGAGUUCGUUUUCGAGUUCGGGGAGUCGGCCGAACAAUUUAAAGCACUUGAACCACGAUAGCAGGGAAGUGUUCACUAAGCGGAGUCCGUCCGACGUGGCGUGCGUGCCGCCUUUCGAGAGAGAAAUUCAAAGGCUGCUGGAUGACAAAAAUCUUAUUAAAAUUAAUUCUCCUAAAGUAGAAAGAAAGGAUCUGAAAUUAGAACUAAGAGCACCUAACUCAACGGUGGAAGCAGUUAGGAACUGCAACAACAAUAACAGCAGUCCUCUGCACGCGGUGGGGCUGGCGGCCAUCACGCAGCUGGCGCGACAGGAGUUGCCCAGCCCGCGCGCCGCCGCCUCGCCGCUCAAGCCGCCCGGGGACUUCCCCGGUGUGCUGCCCACCGACGUAGUUGUCGAACUACCCUCGCCGACACACUCCGCUGAACAGAAUUCCAGUUUGCCAAGUGUCAGAAAGACGGAAACAGCGAUAGCAAAAGAAAAGCAGGAGAAAGAGUUACAAGAGAGACUGCAUAACCGGGUGACCACUUCUAGCCAUAGAGAAAUGGGUGUUUACGGGGAAAGUCAGUCGGAAUGGAGCUCGUCGUGUUCGGAAGGAGAGGGGGAAGGAGACUGCGGCCAACCAGAGAGCACGGGUUACACUACUGAUGAUCCGGCGCUGGAAAACGUGUCUAUGUUGAACGAGGCGGGCCUCACGGACGCCGAGGCGGCUCUCAGCGAUGUCAACUCCUGCUACUUCGACCGUGACGACGACGUGUCCUCGCGCGCGUCCUCGCGCCUGCUGGACUCUGAGGCGCUGGUGUCGCUCGAGUCCCUCAGCGCCAUCUACGACUCGGAUGAGCCUGCGCACAGGUACUUAGCGAACAUUCGAACGGUCAGCGAAUCCAUCACGAGGAACUUCGGCCAGCCCGCACACGUCACCGACGGCGAGAGCGAUGUUUAGCAGCGCUGGAAGCGACGCCGGGCUUCGAUUGACGAAUCUUUCGUAGUGCGGUUGAACAUGACAGACGUUCCAAAGAAUUAUAAGUCUGAAUGGACGGAAAAGUGUAUUGAGCUCUCUAUUGAUUAAUUAAUUAAUACUCAGUUCUUGUCUAUUGAUGAUAGCGUGGUUCGCGGAAGAUAUCCGCUCGUGAAAGUUCGACAUUUCUUUGAUCAUUGCUAUUGAACUGCUAACGUGCCUGGUUUUAAUCCUGUGUACUUUAUAUAUUAUGUAAAUUGUCAAUAUGUACCUAUAAACGACACUGUAUAAUAUUCAUUUGUACAUUUACGAGUGCCAUGUGAUGGAGUUUCGAAUCAUCUAAGUGUAUGCGGUGAUCUCUACAAUUAUAAGGUGCUCUGAUUUAGAAUUAUGUAUGGAAGUGUCUAGACGGCCUCAGGCCGUUGUUUGAUAAUAAAAAUUAUCCAGCCUCAAGUUUUUUGUAAGGUUAUGAAAUUUGUGCACUAACGCAAACAAACAAGGUUCAAUUUUUAAUACACAUGGUCGUUACCAUGUGUAUUGAAAAUUGAAUUGGAAUAAUAAUAAUAAUUACUAUAUUCAAAUAUCAGAAAGCUAGUAAUUGGAAAGAUUUACUUAUUGCCUUGCACUUAAAACACACCUUUCAGUAUACCUUCUUAUUCAUAUAUUUAUUAUUAUUUCAUAUUUGAAUUUCGUAUAGUUUGCGUUAAGGAAUAAAUAGUUUGUAUAAUAAGUUGUGGCUGGAUAAGAUUUAUUAUCCAACGACCGCUGUGCCUGUGGGUAUCUAGACACUUCAAUAAUAUAUUAGUUAUUUGUCUUGUGAUAAAGAAGUAGGGAUUUUACUAUAUGGUCGACCAAUAUCUUAAACGUCGGUAUUUAUCGCAAGGGCUGGCUCCCUCUACUGUAAUAUCUACUAUAAUCAUCCAAAGGACGUUUUCGUGAGAUUGGCGGUUAGUGUGGCUCGAUGAUAAAUAAAUAACGUAUUAAUUUUGCAUUUCAAUACAUUAUUAUUUAGGCAUAAUAUUGUUGUUACCACAAUUUAUUGCUACUAAUGAUAAGAUACCUACUGUAAUCCUUUUUUGCUAUACUUUCAUUCGGUGGCUAAUUGGCUAUACAUUCAUCUCGGAUUUUAUUUCUCUUUAAUUCUAGUCACUUCUUGCUUUUUGUAACAUGUUUUUUCUAUUUUAUUAUUGGUAGGUAUAAUGCGUUCAAAUUAAGAAUAGGAAAGUCAAUGACCUCUAACUAUCAAUGGUCACUUGAAAAUUGUGGCUUGCAAGGAAAAUACUCUGAAUAUAUUUUUUUUUCCUUAAUUAUUUGACGAAACCUUUGUACUAUAUAAUCCAUUAAAAAUAUAUUGAAUCAAAAUACAUUUCAACAAAUUGUGACUCAUAAUACGCCAGAAAGGCAUUCCUAUUCUUAGUUUGAGUUUGAAGGCAUUAUAAAAAUAUUGGUGCCAUUGCACAGGUAAGUAAAUAUCGGUGCUUCUGGUUUUGUUAUUCACAUUAAUGCAUAGUUUACGAUAAAUUGAGAUAAUUAAGAAGUACAAAUAUUGUUUCUUUUUAAUCAAUUUCUGUCAGUGUAAUUUGGUAGAGAGUUAUUGAGAAUUAUUCAGGCUGAGUCAAUUAAUUUUAUUGAUUUAUUCAACUUAAUCUUUGUUUUUUCAGUUUUCAACUAUUAAAUAAUACUUAGUAGUUCUUAGACCAAAACCGAGAGUACAACCAAUACAUAAAUAAACACCAGUAUCGAAUAUUUGUUGUAGAAUAUUCCCCAUUAUUGUAAUAGUACUUAGAAUCUUUAUUGUUUAUUGUAACAUAGUUGUGUGUCAAUUCGGUAUAUUCUUUGUAUAAGUGUAAGUUAAUACAGAACAACUAACUCAUUUGAAAUGACUAAGAUGAAGAAUGUGAUUAUGUGAUUUCAAUAUUAUGUGACUGCUAUAACUAAUAUUAUUAUGAAUUGCUUAAGAAUUAUUAUUUAUUUGAGUAAGCUCGUUCUUAUACUAUAGAUGCGAUAAAAAUUGCGAAUGACUUGAUUUAGUUUGCUGGUCGUGGAACACAAAAUGAUAUACAUUUGAUAUAAUUAUAUAAGAAUUGAUAAGCUGAUGGCGAACAAGACGGUGUAGGUAAUUGCACGAAGUAACACUUUACAGAAGCAGCAAAAAACAAAAUUAAAGCUUUUUGCUUGAAAAUGAGCUCAAGUUUAUAUUUAAAAAUUGAAGUUAUGAAAUUAUGGUUCAAUUUAAAUACAGUUUUAGGUCGUUUUGCUUGGAAAUGAGUUCAGAUUUGUAUUCUGUGAGCCAAAAACGUCCAAGUUAAAGAAAUAGAAUAAUGAUUUUGAUCAGAAGUGUAAUUAGGUACACUGUUGUGUUCGCCAACGCCUCAAAUUAUUUUGCUGAUGUUUAUUAAGGCUAUUUAUUUCUUAUGUUUUCAAUUGUUAAAAACACUAUUGUAAUUCUCUUUAGAUUUUGUAUGAACUUUAAAGUCAAUUAUCGCAUAUUGUACACGAAAAAAUAUCUAUAGGAUCGGUUACUUCAAUCAUUGGGACGCCAAUAUGUAGGAAAAUGGAAAAUAUUUAUGUAAGUAGAUACAUAUUAAUUUAUCUUAAAAAAAAAUUAUCUUUUUCUUGCCCUUUUCCUAUUGGAAAUUAUAACCUAAUAAUAUUUUUAACGAAUUCAUUUGAAGUAUUUAAUAGUUUAUAGAUGUGUUAGGCUCAAAGAACGAAAACGCUCAUGAGGGAAAUACAGCCUACAACAUGUUGUGGUUCCUCUAAAGUUUAAACCAUCCAUGUUGCGAGUGCUAUGGCACUCAUAAAAAUGCGUUGCGUCAAACAGAAUCACCACAAGUAGCCACAAAAUAAGAUUAUAUUAUUAAAAUAUUUUGUGACAGCAACAUCAUGUCGUAGCUUUUUUGAUAUUCCUACCUCAACGCGUUGUGGCAAUGAAGAAAAGCUAUGACGCGUUCAGAACAUUACGCGUUAGUAUCAACGUAAAUAGGUAGUCUAAGCUUCAUUGUGAGAUUCCCUAAAGAUCUUCGCAUCAAAUCAUCAUCAAUUUCAUAAAUAAUGCAUACGUAAGGAGCAGGAGCAUAUAGAUUUUUAUAAACAUUGUUUGAGUAUUUUAAGCUUCAUUUAAAGCUCCAUUUUCCUUUAGUCCCAAUAAUUGCUGACGCUUAUUAUAACAGCUAGGUAUUCUUCUUUUAACUGUUGGAUAAAAGGGCAGAAUCUUUAAAGUAUUUUGUUUAGCAUGACAAAUUUUGAUGAAUGUUAUUCAACGUGUAUUUUUACACGAAAGAAGGUUUAGUAAAUAUGUACUGUUAAUCUUUGUAAAUAUUGUUAAUCACCUGUUUAGCGCUAUAAUCUAAGUAGUUUAGCGUGCUGUGAAGAUAUAUCUUAUUUUUGGAAGGGAUCUCUUAUUUGCAAUCGGUCUUCUCUGUAAUUCAAUUUUUAAAUAUUUUUCUUGUUAAAACCUCUAGGUGUAGUGCCAAAUAUUUUGCUAUAAUAAUCAUCAUCAUUGUAUUUAUUUAAAUGCUAUUAUAUCUUUAUUUUAUUAACUUUAUUUCAUGUUACUUAUAUUAUUUUAUAUUUUUACAACACAUUAUUAAAUUAAUUAAUAGUACUUAAUUCAGAAUUUCCGGGUCAACCAGUAGUAACUACAUGAAUGAUAUGACGUAGAAAUUAUUAAAAAUUAUCCCAUAAUAAUUGGUCAUUAAAAUUUAAUGUGUAAAAAAAUAAUUUAGCUGAUUUAGUCACAGUGAAGAUGUUUAUAAAGAAUUUUAGGUUUUCGUACAACUUGAAAGUCCGAAAACAUUUAGAACUUACUAAAGCAUUAAAGUUAUUAUGUAUUUGAAAUACUUGUGCCAAUGAAUAAUGAAAUCGAAAUAGCGUCAAAGAGACUAUGGGCUUCUUGCUUAACUUUCAUAUUAGGUAGAGCUAAGAGCAGGAAGGGAAGCGAAUAUGUAUUGUUAGUACCUCGAAUAUAAUUUAGUUAGGCACCUACUGUGCAUUUUGUAUUUAUUUAUUCUUCCACUGUCGAUUUAAUUAAUAAUACUAGGUACUUACAUACUUAACAAACAAUUUUAUUGUUCCUAAAUCAGCUACCAAACAUAAUGUUAGCCAAAUAUCAAUGUAUUCAUAAUAUUUUUUGUAGAUACAUGUUAUAUUAAAUUCAAAUGCUACAUAUUUGAGUGUAUUACGUAAUUUAUUUAUUUUUUAUUUCAAUUCAAUUAAGCAAUAUUAAUUACAUACAAAUAAAGAGGUUCAAAUGACCGGAA